UGUUACACCGGAAACGCAUGCAAAAUCAAAACAAUUUUGGGCAAUAAAAGAGAUACAAUGGAACCUGAUAUAAUUCACGAUUCAUUGAAAAAAGAAAAUUAUGAAGACAUUGAUUUUGGAUCAAAUUUUAUUCGUCUGAAAGCAAAUGAUAAUGUCCGGGAGCUCCAGACAGUUUUAAGAGAUAGAUCCACUUCUCGCAGUGACUUUGUGUUCUAUGCAGACCGACUUAUCCGACUGGUUGUGGAAGAAGGGCUGAAUCAGUUACCGUACAGAGAAUGUCAAGUUACGACACCAACAGGCUGCAAAUAUGAUGGCCUUGCUUACGAGAAGGGAAACUGCUGUGUUAGUAUCAUGAGGAGCGGUGAGGCUAUGGAACAAAGUGUACGAGAUUGCUGUCGAUCGAUUCGUAUCGGGAAAAUCCUUAUCCACAGUGAUGAAGACACACAUGACGCGAGAGUCGUAUACUCCAAACUUCCACCCGACAUUGCCAACAGAAAAGUUCUGCUGCUCUACCCUAUUGGUAGUACAGGGAACACUGUGAUAAAGGCCCUGAAUGUGCUCAAAGAAAACAAAGUUGAGGAAAGGAAUGUGGUCUUACUGAAUCUCUUCAUCACUCCACAAGCUGUUAAAGCACUGAUCGACAAGUUCCCAGAUUUGACGAUUUUGACGUCAGAAGUGCAUCCUGUGGCCCCAAAUCAUUUCGGACAGAAAUACUUUGGCACUGCGUAACAUCUCUCCAAGCCUGAAUCUCAUGUGUUCAACUAUUAUUUUACAUUUUUACAUGUAUAUGUACGAGCAUGAUUCUGUUUUGCCAUUGUAAGUGAGGUUGGCCUAUGUAUUGUGUUGUGCCAUAUGAAAUGAAGUGUGUGUCUUAUUCCCUAGAAAUUGUGCUUUGUCAUAGGAAGUGUGAUUUGUCAUGGAGCAGGGCUUAUAUUAUAGGAAUUGUUAAGCCAUACAGUAGUCAUUUGUAAUGGCAAGUGUGAUAUGUAAUAGUAAGGAUGUGUUUGUGUGCUGAGAAAUUGUUUUUAUCAGUAUAUGUUAUUCUUUUGUAUGUGAGUAGUGUAUUGUUUUCUGAAGUAUGACUCCUGUAUUUGAUCUGCUUUGGGGUGGGAUUAAUGAAUUGUGUGUAUGGUUAAGUGAAUGGAAGAAAAUAUCUUGAAAUGUGAGAAGAUUAGAGAUGAAGCUCUUCAUUUUACAUGUUCAUAAUAUAAUUUUAUCAUUUCUUUUGAUAACAUAUGCUUGUAUUGCAUUUUAUUAAAUGCUUUCUUGUGGUUUAUAGAGAUUUAUCAGUGAAAUAAAUAUGAUAUUCCACUGUUUAAAAUUUGAUAUUUUUCACUCUUGAAAUUUUAGCCUGUAAAGCUGUUCAAAUCAACAUGUGUAUCAUGAAUAUUAAUAAGCUGAUUUGCAUACACGAAUGCUUCAUGGAAAAAUGAAUGAAUGUCACAGGGGUUCUUUUAUCCAAUAGGAUUUAAGCAUUUACUAGCACCUGCUCAAAGUUGUAAUAAUUUCUUACAUGUGCAUACAGUUUGCCACAUUUUCUAAUAAACUUCAAUUAAAUGACUUUGGAUACCACCAUUAGGUAUAUAAUAAAAAGAAAAAUGGUUUGUUUCAGUUUAAGAUUGCAAUAUAUUUCACCUUGUAACCACCAAAUGUAAAUGCGUCUGCUCAUGGAAUAUAACUUUUGCUGCUAUAUAAAUUAUUAUAUUACACAGGAACAAGCAAUUUUCCUCUCUAUACCUCUCACCUUAUUGCAAUAACUCAAUAACUGCAUAUAGAAAUAGAAGUAGAGAUUUGGUUAUUGCACUAAGGUGACAAUAUAUUUAAACUAUUGGCUCAUGUAAUAAGUUAUGAAACAUUCUAAAGUAGACUGGUAAAAUCAUUAUUUCAGGGAUGUGAUCUGUCAGCUGAUUCGUGUGUAUCCGCGAAUCUUAUUGCUCCAGGGAUUUUUUUAAAGCUGCACUCUCUCCCAUUUACAACUUUUUUUAUUUUUUGUUUUGGUAAGAGCAAAUUUUUGUGUAAAUAUCUGCAAACCAAUGAUAAAAGAUUGCUGACAAAAGAUCAGAUCUCAGAUAUGCAUAUUUCCAUUCAAAAAUCAAUGUUUUAUGGCUUAAACCGUUACUAACAGGGUGUUUUGAAUUUCAAUUUUUGAACUUAAAUAUAAAAAUCUGCGAUCUAAUUUUUGUCAGCAGUCUUAUAUCAUUUAUUUUCAUGGAUUUUCGCAAUAAUUGGUUCUUUCCAAGACAAAAAUAAAAAACCUUCAAUUUGUGGGAGUUCCUUAUAAAACUUAUUAAAAAAAGUGAACAGAUUUUGAUUUUUACUUUAUUUGGUGUUGAUAUUGACACUAAAGUUUGGUUUGAAUUUAAAGUCAGGAGACCCCUCAAAAGGGCUCCUAAAAAUUAUGUUUCAUCCCCUUUAACCCCCCUUGGCGGCAUAGAGUGUCCCCUUAUCCCACUGCCAAAAUGGUUUCAGCCCCCUAAGCUGUCUGGUCAAUCACAUCCCUGAUAUUUAUGUAGCUUUUCUUGUGAGUAAUAUUUCUGUAUUGUUUCAUGGUUCUACAUGAAAUAUUAUUACAGUGUAAUAAACUUUCAAUAAACUAUUAUGAUUUUGUGUCCUUGUACUUUACUGUACAGGUGGAAAUAUUCAUAUCUUCAAUUGUGUGAGUGCUUAAAUUCACUGAAGUUAUUUAAGCUUAUUAUAUUAUACAUAUUAUUAAAUGUUAUAAAUUGACAAUAUUUUUGCUCAUAAUGCUUAAAGUCAAAAAUUGUAAAAAUUAAUAUGAAAAAACAACAAUUAUUGAUUUGCGUGAUAACUUUGUUAUAAAUGUAGGCUUGCUUCAACUUUGAUAACUGGUUUUGAAAAAUGCAACGCUUUCCAUAAAUAUUGAAAUCAUAUACAUUAGGUGAUCAGUUUUAACUUCCAUCAAGAGGUCGGGUGUUUGGGUUCCAACCAGGGAAGAAAUCUUAAAAUAGACACAAAUACUUACCCUAACCCUUGUCCUGGAAAAGAGAAACUCAAAAUCAACUUAUUAUCAGCCUGUGGCUGUCUUUGAAAUCUAAUUAAACUUGGUUUGUUAUAUGAUUGAAUAAUGAGUUAACCAAAAAAAAGGUUUUGUCUGACACUAGUAUUAAACAUAUAGUAUUUAACAGAUGUUGUGACAUCUUGAAAUAAAAUCCCUGGGUUUUAUGCUGGGGGUCAAAGGUUGAAAAUUAAUGAGAAUCUAAAAAAAAAUAACAUAAGAUUGUAUACCCUUUUUGUGGCUAAGAGAUGAAAACAUUAGGGGAAUCCACAACUUAUUGUAUGAAGGGUUGCUUUUAUUUUAAAUGAGGCAAAAAUUCGGUAUAAUGGUUGUAAUGUAAAUGAAUACAGUAAUUUUGCAAUAAUGAUAAUUGAUGUAUUUGUAUUAUUAGUCCAGUAAGUUGAUCUCAGGCAACUUGUGUUAUUAUACAUACCAAUAUUCAAUAUUAUGAUGUAUGUUUGCAAAUACAAUGUAUUUGACCAACUUGGAUUAUUUUUGACAUACCGCUAUAAUAUAAUUGAGAAAUAGAAAUUAUGAAUUUUAGAUGAGUUGUUUUAAGAUUUAUGACUCAACUUGUAUGAAAGACAAUUUUACUCCUCUAUUUUUUACGAAGAUGUACAAAAUUCAGCCAUAUGAUGUUCAACAUUUCUCUCUUUUGUAGCUCAACUAUUUGAAGAAUAAGGAGAGCUAUCCUAGUCACCCGAGCGUCGGUGUCAGCGUCAGCGUAAGCACUUAUGUUAAAGUUUGCGUACCACCUCAAAUAUUUUCAAAGUCCAUUGACAUCUGGCUUUGAAACUUAGCACACUUGUUCACCAUAAUGCCCCCAACCUGUACACAGGAGGUGGUAACUUUAUCAAACAUUUUGACAAAAAAAUGCUCCUUUUUCGACUUAAAAUUUACGUUAAAGUUUGCGUACCACCUCAAAUAUUUUCAAAGUCCAUUGACAUCUGGCUUUGAAAGUUAGCACGCUUGUUCACCAUCAUGCUCCCAACGUGUACACAGGAGAAGGUAACUCUAUCAAGCAUUUUGACAAAAAAUGCCCCUUUUUCGACUUUAAAUUUAUGUUAAAGUUUGCUUACUACCUCAAAUAUUUUCCAAUUCAAUUUAUGUAAAUAUCUCAGCACAUCAUGUAAUGCAUUGAAAUCUAAUCCAACAGUGAACCAUGCAUGUUGCGCCAAAACUUUUCAAUCCAUACGCUGAAAAGCGGCGGAAAAGUCGAGCGCGCUGUCUCUGUGACAGCUCUUGUUUGAAGGUUAUUUAACAUAAAUACCAUAUUUUCCAUUCAUAUAAGUUGUUGAACGUUAUUAUUCAACAAUACUACUGCCAAACAACAUACAUCAAAGUUUUAAAGCAUGAAGGGUUCUGUCUGUCGACUCAAAAAUUGGAGGAGGGAUUUUGUCUUUCACCCAUAUGAUUAUUAUGAUGUAUGUUAGUGCUGACUGUUAAAAGUCUGCCUUAACACAUGUUGACAUUUGAAUAUAUUCCAUCAUGCUAAAUGUUUUGUUUUUGUUUAAGAGCGAAUGUAGAAAAUACCAGCUUUUGUUCAUAACUCAGUAAAAAGAAUUUGUAUAUUUUUUGCAUUUUUCUUUUAAUCAUUACAAUACACAGCAAAUUUUUUUGAUUCAGUACCUACGAGGGAUUUUCAACAAUGUGCUGCUUCUGUUGUAAAUCUCUUCUAGGUAAGAAAUUGAUUUAGGGUUCUUAAUGAAAUUCUCCAUGAUUUUGAUCAUACAUGUAUGAUUAUAUUGUUUAAACAGUAGUCUGAAAAUCGGACUCUAUUUGCUAUCGAUAAUCGAAUCGAAUCGAACCAAGCAUUUCGAUUUACUAUCGGACAAUAAUCGAAAGUUCAUAAUAUCAGUAACGAAUACAUUCUUUAUACAUAGUAUAAUCAUGACCAUUGAAAUGGUUAAACCUGGAAUCAGUACAUGUAAAUUUCCGUCUUUAACAACUUCUCUUAAGUUUUAAACUUUAAAUGAAUUCAACGAGAAUUUACUGGAAAGAAAAUUGACAUUUACUCGACUUUUAUCACAAAGCAAAAAACAAUACGUAGUUUCCCGAAGUAACAUUUACCACAUCGAUUUUGGCCAACCACUAUCGAUUAUUGCCGACAUAGCAUUGUCAGCUGCGAUUUAUCGAUUGUACUCGAUAAUCGUUUCAUCACUAUUAAACAGUCAAACCCCAUUGGCUGGAACUCCCAAGGACAGGUGAAAAUACCUUGAGCCUUGUGGAAUUCGAGCCAAGCAGAAAUGCUUAUCUUGAGAAUAUAGAAAUCGUCCCUCACAUCCAUUUCGAGCCAACAAGGAAUACGAGCCAUGAGAGUUUGAGCCAAUAGGGAUCGACUGUAGACAAAAUAAUUUUUAAGCCGUCUAUACCCAUAUACAGCUCAUUACCAUUCCUCCCCAUUUAAUGAUGAAUGUAGUGAAAUGAAGAGGGUUGUUUAGUAUCUUAUCUUAUUUUUGUUAAUCUGUGUGAAAGAUUCGGCCCCAUUUCUCAAAAAAUCUUAAGUUAUGUUUUUGCAUAUGACCAAACUACAGACUUAAAUUUUAUUUUACUACUACGGUAAUGAAAAAUAGUUUAUUGCGAUUUACAUGAAAAUAAUUCACUUGAAAAGACUCAAGAAUUUUUCAAAAUGAAAUUAUAGCUCAAAUGAUACGAAAAUAAAAAUAAAUAGUGUGCUUAGUUUGAGCCAGUUAUAAAGGACUUAAGAUUGUUUGAGAAUGUUUGGCCCGAUUAUACAAUAUUUUUUAAAUACAAGAAGAUUUGGUAUCUAUUUUUUGUCAUUAAUUUAUGUGUUUUGAAUGUUCAUGCAUCCUAUAUAAUUGUCAGCAUUGUGAAAAUAAACUUGGUUCUCCAUUGUGUAAGAUCAUUAUUAUGUUAUUGUCUUUAAUAUGAAAAACAGUCAGAUGUAUUUACAAUGUCAUAUUCCGGGCGGGAUCAGUUAAAUAUUGUCAUAUUGGGAAAAUAAAAUAUGAAAUACC